AUGAAGUCGCCUGUUCGCCCACCUUUGUCUGGAUUGGUUGUCACUUGCCUCUCUCCUCAGCUCGAAGUUCUUUCUUCUCACGCUGUUCGCUUUUCGCCCUCGUAUCGUCCACCUGUUGGUGUGACAUGUAUCCAUGAUGGCAACAAAGUUGUCUCUGGUUCUUGUUGCGGUUUUGGGCCCACUUUGUCCUCUGCUCUUGCUGCUGGUGCUGUCUCUGCUCGUCAAGAAGCUGUCUCUCGUCCUGUUGUUGGUGUUGUUCCUGCUUGUGGUUCUGAUGUUGGUGAUGCUGUGGUCUCUGGUGAUGAUGUUGUUGUUCCCGCUGUUGGUGUUUCUGCUGUCCCUAUUGGUGACGAAGCUGCUGGUCCUGAUCCUGUUGGUGCUGUUGUUGAUGACGUUCUUGCUUCUGAUGGCGAUAUCUCUGAAGAUGGUGGUGAUUCUGUUUCUGCUGGUGAUGACGUUCGUGUUGGUGACGACCUUGGUGCUGUUCGUGAUGAGGGUGUUGAAGCCGUUGGAGAAGACUUUGCUGUUGGAGAAGACGUUCCUGCUGUUGGUGAUGACGAUGUUGUUCGUGGUGUUGCUGUUGCUGAAGAUGUCCCCGCUGUUCUUGCUGUUGGUGGUGUUGCUAUUGGUGAAGAUGUCCCUGCUGUCCCUGCUGUUGGUGACGAAGCUGCUGGUGUUGGUUUUGACGAUGAUGAUGUGUUUGACGAGCUCGCCUUCCUCUUUCACCACUUGACAGUGGAUGAUCCUUUUGAUGAGGAUACGCAUAUGGCAGAACCUGUUGACUGGCGGUAUGUGGAGCCACGUGAUGAUAUGGAAGUUGACGACGAUUUGCUUUCCGUGAUGUCAAUCAGUUUGGGCAACUCUCCUUUCUUUAAUGACGAAGACCCGAUUAUGAUUGACAUGCCUUCUCCUCUUUUGCCACCAAGACCCGCAACACCUCCACCAUCACCUCCUCCAUCACCUACGCCAAUCCCUAUGGAGGUUGAUAACACAAUCCUUUCUCCCACCGUCACCACUACCGCUGCAACCACAACUUCCACUAAUACCGCCACUAUUACUAUGCCUAUGCCCAACCUUAUGCCCGAUCCCAUUCCUGUCAUUACCACAACUACCGAUAUCACACCUGCUACCACUACUACCGCUACCGGCAUUGUCACCUCUCCUCCUCCUAGUCCUCCUCUUAAUCCCGCCAUGUCACUCAUUGUAUCACGCAUCCAACAACUCCGUCACCGUACACGCACAACAUCAUCAUCCAAUUCCGCACCACCCACUUCUGCCACUACUACUACACCCACCACUAAUGCCGCCAUCACCACCGCCUCACGUCCUCUGGUCAACACCAAUAUGCCACCACCACCACCUCGACCACGACGCAUCACACUCACCGUUACGACACCCACCACAUCGUCAUCUACCGCCACCUCCACUCGUUCCUCUGGUAUUGUGCGACCAGAUAUGCCUCCUCCUCCACCACGACCACCACGAGCAACCGCAACACCUUCUUCUUCUUCUCGCCGAACCUCCUCCUCCUCGUCAUCAUCAUCAUCAAACACCGCCACCACUUCAACACCUCGUGAAUCCGCAUCACAACAACAACAACCUACAACCAUCACCACUACAACCGCAACACCAUCAUCAUCAUUACCAUCCGAUGUGCGAGAAGCACAAGAGGCCCUUGGCCUUGAUUGA